AUGUCGGAGCUUCAGUUUAAUCUGAGCAGGAAGAAGCUCUUUCACUUCCGGCCUCAGAUCCAUGAAAACGCUCUUAAACACGUCGCGAGCCCCAUCGUAGCAGAGCCACUGUAUGGAAGCUCAUUCGUGACGAGAUUUUUCGAGCCUGCGAUGCUGUCCUCCUUCCUCCUCCUCGUCUUCCUCCCUCUCCGUCUGGGGUGUCAGACCAGCUCGUUCACCGAGUGUCAGAAGGUUCCCUUCGUGCCGGGUCACAAUCUGGUCGGCGAGGGUUUCGAUGUGGUGAAGCUGCAGACCAGCGGGGCCCUUGUGGUCAACGUGAAGGACUACAUGGUGGGGGGCGCUCAGGGGAACUGCACCGUGUGCCACAACCGCCUCCUCAACCAGAUCCAGAAGCUGCCCGUUUCAGUGCUCGACUGGCGCAUCAAGGUGCAGUGCGAGCACAGCCUCAGCAGCAAGCUCUUUGAGUCCAGCCAGUCAGUGAUGAAGGAGAGGAGUUCAUCGCUGGGAGUCAGCUGGAAGGUGGGCCUCGGCAUUAAGGGAAUUGCUGGUGUCGCCAUUGGAGGAUCUCACUCCAUGUCAUCAACGUUUGCAGAGUCUCGCAGCCGGAGUGAUAAGUUUAGCUUCACUAGCCACGAAUUCAAAUGCAAAUACUACACCUUCCGUCUUCACUCCCGUCCCCCACUGAGCAAAGAGUUUGAGGUGUCCCUGAAGAACCUUCCCUCCACCUAUGAUCACAAAAACACCUCCGCCUUCCGUCAGUUUAUCUCCAUCUACGGGACCCACUUUAUCCGCAGAGUUCAACUCGGGGGUCGGGUUCACUCCAUGACCGCAAUCCGAACCUGCCAAACCUCCAUGUCUGGACUGUCAAUCCAGGCUGUCAGCACCUGUCUGUCCGCUGAAGCCAGCGCAACCAUUAAGGGCAUCCCUGUUCACGCCUCCAGUGAGUUCUGCCGCCGGAAGAGCAAGAGCCUUAAAACGGCUUCAACCUUCAGUGCGGCCUUCUCCGACAGGAAGACCAAGGUGCUGGGCGGAGAUGGGGGUAUAACAGACAUCCUGUUCAAUCCCAAAGGGUCUGAGGGGUAUAAGAAAUGGCUUGCGUCUCUGAAGAGUGUCCCAGGAGUGGUUUCCUACCAGAUCAGCCCUCUGCACUUAUUGAUAAGAGGCAAUCCCAUCCUAAAGGUCAACCUGCGAGACGCCAUCAGUGACUACAUUCUCACAAGCGCCAAGCCGCUCCACUGCCCCGCCAACUGCAAGAUUGGCCACCGGAAGCAGAACUGUGCGUGCCAGUGUCAAGGUCAUCGAAUGGUUGACUCCCAUUGCUGUCCUGCCGCGGCAGGUGUAGCUCAGAUGAACGUGACGGUGGUCCGAGCUGAGGCACUGUGGGGCGACUAUUUCAGCAAGACAGACGGAUAUGUUAAAGUCUUCUACAACAACCAAGGAGGCACGACGCCAGUGAUCUGGAACAACAACUUCCCCCAAUGGAACUACCUCUUUACUUUUGGAAGCAUCAACCUCAAAGAACGAAAACCCGUUGUUUUCGAGGUUUGGGAUCGGGACAGCAUCUGGGACGAUGACCUGCUGGGGAAAGUGUCUGUCAUGCCCACGAUGGGUCGAAACAUCAACAAGAAGUUCAAGCUGAAGCACGGCUCCGUGCUGGUCCGCCUGUCUGUUGUGUGCGGUCCCAGCCUGGAGGGGUCGCUGUGCGAGCGCUACAUCCCCUCGCCUACCUACCAGGACGUGAUGGGAUAUGCGAAGAACCACCAGGGUUACUGA